GUUUUUAAAUAUGGCAGAAGUUGCGUAUGGCAAUUUUCAAUACCAGGGGUAUCCAGCACAAGGCCUGAACAACAUACAGCAAUUCAACCAUGGGGUAGUGCCGAACGGUGGUUACGUUCACCCAGGAGCGGGAAGGUAUAAUCCUUACCAACGGCCUUCACCGCCUAUGCCACACGUGAGAAACAGGCAGAGUCCACCCUUAAUGGCUUACAAGCCAGCUCAGAUGGUAAACAGGCACCAACAAGGAAUGCAUGGAUGGAAUACCUUUAACAACAAUAUUGCGAAGCAGCAUGAAGACUAUAAUGCAAAUUCCCAGCCGAUAACGAUUACAAACGGGAAUUGGCAACAUGGAAAUUGGAUUCAGCAACAACGCAACCGCGCUUCGCCUCCCAUAAUGCAACAUCAAAAUCCCACAAUUCAACAGCCGUACGGACAAAGUACGAGUCCGGUCGUUCAAGGAAUGCCAAACCCUUAUGACCAGGUUGCAACGAUGCGUAGGCGAAUGUCUUCUUCAUCACAGAGCUCAGAUUAUGGCGCCACCCCGGGUAUGCAAGGGCAUGGAAACGACAACCGUUGGAUGGUGUCACCGAGCCCAACAGGGAAUACGACGUUCCCAAACAACCAGUUUCAACAACAACACGGCGGAUUUAAUGGUUCUCAAGUGUCCCCAAAUCCAGGGGCCAUACCAGCGUGGAACUCAAAUCCAUCUCAUCCGUACAGCACCCCAUCUCCAAUGUCUAGUAUCUCAAGUGAAAACUCUUCUCCGCCUCCAAUGGUUCCGUUUGUUCAGCCACCGCAACCCCCUAAAUUUCGACAUCCUGCUAGUGUUCACCCCUCUAUUCCGGGAAUUCAGCCACCAAUACCACAAAUUCCAAGACCGCCUCAAGUUCCGAUAGUACCGUCAGAUGUGCCACCCGGAACAACAACCGGAACUAGUGGAAACGAUUGGGAGGUCAAUUGCUUGGGGGCAAAAGUCAAGUUAAGAAAUAGUGAUUUGUGGAAGAAUUUUGAAAGCGUAGUCAUGGAGAUGGUCAUCAGCAAACAUGGGAGACGGAUGUUCCCCGUCUUGGAAUACGAUGUAAAAGGUCUACACCCACAGAAGCUGUACAGUGUAUUCGUCGAUUUCGUUCUUGCAAAUAAAUACGUGUGGAAAUUCAGUGAACAAAAAUGGAAUCCAUCUGGUCUCGCCCCGGAAGAAGAUUUCUACGAUAAAAGCCACAGGGUUUGCCUUCAUCCCGACUCUCCCGCAUCUGGGGAUGUUUGGAAUAAACGUGGCGUUAGUUUUUCAAAGAUGAAAUUGAGCAACCAUCUUCACAGUGAUAGCGAUAAGCUUUCUUUGAAAUCACUUCACAAAUAUCAACCGCGCCUCCACGUGGUAGAAGUUGACCCCCGUGACCCUUCAAUUCAAACCAAUCUUCGAACGUUCAUCAUCCCGAAGACACAAUUCAUGACAGUAACGUUAUACCAUAACACAGAUGUAGCUCAGCUCAAGAUCAACCUCAACCCAUUUGCCAGAUGUUUUAGAGAUAAAGAUAUCAGCCCUAGAUCAGUAGAAAGUGCACCGUCGCCAUCGGAUAAAAACGAACCAGAUUCGUCACGACUUGAUGACGUCACGUCUCCAUGGAAUCAACAAAAUAGUGAUGCAACAAUAGCAAAUGAACCUCAAGCUAUAAUCAAAGUUGAAAACCCAGUUGAAGAUACGGAAUUACAAAGAGCAAAGCACUUUAUGCAACAACAAUUAAAUACGAUGACACAACUCGUGAGAGCUCAAGACGCGUUAUCCACAAACCAAUCUUCAACUACAAUUCCUACCAUAGAUACAGCGGGUAUUGAUGUGAAAACUGAAGAAAACAACAGUCUAGCUAACGUCGAUUUUGACCGUGAAUUGGAAGGAUUACUCAGCAAUAUGUCAGAGGGAAAAGAUACAACUACACAACAUUCUGAUCCGUCAAAGAAAACUGUUCAUCAUUUUGGCCCAAGUGUAUCCAGUGAUAUAAUCAAGACACCGAGCGCUAAAAGAUUGAAGACUAAUAAUGGAAAUCCACUGGACAAAUACGAAUUAUUAAACGUGGAUCGGUGCUUUCCUCCUAAUGCUAUUGCACCUUUGAGCAACACGUUACCUUUUGACCUGGCCCGGGUGAAGACGGAAGCUUUAAGUAAAGGAGGUGCCAAUACCCAACUACCGACUUUCUUCAGGUGCAGUUACUACCAAGAACAAGCAGCCCAGCAAGCUAACACAUCUACACAAAAUAAAGAUUCAAAUUCAAGUCUACCCGUUAUCUACAUUCCUAAAUCAACAACCACAAUUACCUCAACGCCGUCAAGUUCGUCCGGCGAGUCGUCACCAAUCCCCGGCAGAAUGGGGGAGUCCCCAGGGACUGCUUCACAUGUGAUGCCUAUACCCAAUAUAGAAAAGGAGGACAUUUUAAGCGCUGCUUUUAACGCUACAAAUGCAUUUUCUACAUCACCAAUUGUAAAAGAUGACAUUACAGACGCUACAAAAAAAUUAAUGACGUCACCAGCGCCGUCUGCGUCAUCACCCGAAUCGAUGACGCAAUUUAAUCCUUGCCCACUGCCAACUCUUUCACCAAACGCAUUGCAACAAUUUUUGGACGCGGAUAUAAACGAUAUGAUGUCGGGAAAUAAACGGAAGUGUUCUUUUGAUGACGACAUUGAUGAUGACGUAUUUGGCGGAAGUGACGAAACAUCAUUAAUGAAUGCUUGUGAUAUUUUUAACCCACAAAAUCAACAGUUUUUGCCGAGUCAUAAUUUUUUCGUUGAACAGAAAUAACAAUAAUUUUCUAGAUUAAUACGCCCUUCCACUAAGUUCUUAUUUUAUUGUUUCAAACGAUCAAUAUAUUUUUAUAUCCCAAGCCAACAACCUACCCCGAUUGUUUUUUAACCAAGUUUUUCUCGUAUUUUAUUAUAUCCGCCCUAUCUCAAACAACAUGUAUAAGUGUAAUCCAACAAUUAUUAUUUUUUAUAUCAUCGAUCAGUACAGGAAUAAACUUCAAAUUUCAUGCCAAGCGUUCGUGCUACCAGAGUUUGCAUCUGUUUAUGUUAUCAUCAAUUUUGUGUGUCAAGAUUUUACAAGACAAUUUUUUUUAUAUCAAAAUCACCGUUGGUUUCGUGGUGACAUGGUUAUCGUGUUACGUUAUUCCCAAAGCAUGGUUGUGAUUUAUCUCCUAAUGGAGUCAAUUUCGAUUUUAACGUUUAUUGCGGUAAUAUUACUUCGGGUAGAAAAUAGAGUUGCAAAGUUUUUCACAAAUAAUAUUACGAUUUUCUUAACUGAAAUUAUAAUUUUAUUAAUUUGAAUUAUUGAAAUGCAAUUUUUCCAAAUGACCUGGAUUUCGAUUUUGUUCGAACUAUUUUAUCUGAAGACGCUCGUUAAAAUAUAUCAAAUCCUGUUGUCUACAUGCCAGUCCUGUAGCCCUUUCAAAGAGGCCUUUUUAAAUAAUGAUUAGAAACUGUAUAUUCACCAUUUUCUAACUUUGUACACAAAUUAUUAUAAUAAAAGAAUAGUUUAGUAAAACAUCGCAAAUUUGAUUUUUCGUGGAAGUAUUAUUAGGAGUAGGUAAUUUUAAGCAAGUUCUUGAAAUGUAAUUUUUCCAAAUUUCGAUUUUGUUUGCACUAUUUUAUCUGAAAAUGUUUGUUAUAAUAUGGCAAAUUAUGUUGUUUAAAUGGCAGCCAGUAAUAAUAUAUUCAUCUCCUCUACUAUCACUAUCUUGGUCCAUACCUAAACAAACAUACAGAUAUUUGAGUAACAAAAAGCUUCAUUUCGAUAAAAUUGGUUUUUCGUGGAAAUAUUGGCGUGAGUAUAUUUAAUUGUUCAUUUUAUCAUUUUUACGCAAAAAAACGUUCUCAUAGUUUCAAUAUGUGUUUUAUAUUAUAUUUUAAUUGGUUAUAUUUAUAGCUUAUAGUGAGCUAUUUGUCGUGUUUCUAUCCCGUCAUUGUUAGGUUUUAUCUUUUAUUUUCUAUAACAUAAGAGGUACAUCGCCAUUUUUUUUGCAAUAAAUGUUUACUAUAUA